AUGACUUCAAUCAGUUCAGAUCGAUAUGAUGAUUUAUCUCGAUUUUGUAAAACUCCAAUCGACUCUAUCAUUUCCAAAAUAUCUAAUCAACUCAUUCAUCAACUCAACUCGAUUCAUCCAUCAUCCACUUCAACUUACUUCUCUUCUUCUCAUUCAUCUCAUCUAUCUAAAUUUCAAGCUCAAUCUCUACCUACUCUUACCAUUCAUGCUUAUCUAACUCGUCUCAUCACUCUCGCUCCAAUCUCAAUCGAUUCAAUCUUACUAGCAUUACUCUAUUUGAAUCGUUCAACUACCUUAUCCAUCAAUCUCAUUCAUUCCAUCUCUCAUAAAUCUACACAUGAUUUACCUAUCAUUCCUUAUGAUCUCUCGACCAUUCAUCGGCUCUUACUCUCUACUCUCAUGGUCGCAAACAAGUUUAUCUCGGAUCACUAUCUAUCGGCUUCCAGAGCUUCUAAAGUCGGCGGGGUACCUAUCCCUGAAUUAGCUUCAUUAGAAAGAUCUUUACUUUAUUGUCUGGAUUUUGAUUUAAACUUUACCAUGUCGGAUUUAAAUCAAGUGGCUCAAUGGGUCUUGACGGAUGAUUCAUCUGCUUUAUCAUCUCAAUCAACCACUUCUACCAUUCCUCAAGCUGUUCAUCUACCUAUUAUCAAUAUCGAACAACUUGAGUUGAAGGAUCAAGAAGAAGUGACUGAAGAUCUCAAGCCGAUUCAUUCUCCACCUACUCUUUCAAUCUCUGAUCCAUCAUCUCGACCUUCAUCUUCUCAAACAAGCUCUGAUUCACUAUGCUCAUCUUCUCAACCAUCUUGUCUGAGUCACUCAAACUCUGAUUCUCAUUCACCACUUCAACAACACUCUAGAUCCCAAUCGAUCUCAGAUCCCAAACCGAUUCCACAUCCCCAAUCAAUUUCAAGAUCCCAAUCCAUCUCUCAUUCAAACCAUUCGAUUCAUCAUUCCUUGAAACCUUUAAAUCCUAGUACGGUGAUUCCUAGAAGAAGAGUGUUUUUAAGAACUCAUUUUGUUAAAGAUCCAAGGUAUAAUACGAAUUAUUUGACCACUAGACCAAAGGUGGAAGAAUAUGAAAGUGAAGAAUUGAAGAAUCCUACUCGAAUCGUUUUGACUAAGUUGGAUUCUAAAGGUUUGAAGAUUCAAACUGAAUUAUUAGGUGUUAGUUUGAUUACGGGUGAAAAGAUAUGUAGAACGAUGUCUACUCAAUCUAUUCCUUUAUGA